GCAAAUAGGCCAAACGAAGUAAGCGAGACAAGCCAAAACGAAGCAAGUGAUGCAAGAUACACAGAACAGAAAAAUGAAGCAGUAAAUGAAGUGAACGAUGUAAAACAGACAAGUCGAACUAGUUAA